AUGUCUGCAGAACCCGAUCACGUUCACGAGAAGAAGAAGGUGAAUCUACAUGAUGCCUCUGGCGCAGAAAAGAAAGAGGAGCUUGACACCUCAACAGCCAUCCUGAAAAAGAAGAAGAAGCCAAACUCCCUAAUCGUUACCGAUGCCACAAACGAUGACAACUCCAUUAUUGCUCUAUCAAACAACACAAUGGAGACAUUACAGCUCUUCAGAGGCGAUACCGUGCUCGUCAAGGGGAAGAAGCGCAAAGAUACCGUCUUGAUCGUGCUCGCCGAUGACGAUCUUGACGAUGGCAGCGCCCGCAUCAACAGAGUGGUUCGCCACAACCUCAGAGUCAAGCAUGGCGACAUCAUCACGGUCCACCCUUGCCCCGACAUCAAAUAUGCCAAACGAAUUGCGGUGCUGCCCAUCGCAGACACUGUUGAAGGCUUGACCGGGUCUCUCUUUGACGUCUUCCUUGCUCCCUACUUCCGAGAGGCUUACCGACCGGUUCGACAAGGUGAUCUGUUCACAGUGCGAGCGAGUAUGAGACAAGUCGAGUUCAAAGUCGUCGAGGUCGACCCUCCUGAAUAUGGCAUUGUGGCCCAAGAUACUGUCAUCCACUGUGAAGGUGACCCUAUCCAGCGUGAAGAUGAGGAGGGAAACCUCAAUGAGGUCGGUUACGAUGAUAUUGGUGGCUGCAGAAAACAGAUGGCUCAGAUUCGAGAACUGGUCGAAUUGCCACUGCGACAUCCUCAACUCUUCAAGUCUAUCGGCAUUAAGCCGCCGCGUGGUAUCCUCAUGUUCGGUCCUCCUGGUACUGGUAAGACGCUCAUGGCUCGAGCCGUUGCCAACGAAACCGGUGCUUUCUUCUUCCUGAUCAACGGUCCCGAGAUCAUGUCAAAAAUGGCAGGUGAAUCAGAGUCCAACCUUCGAAAGGCGUUUGAGGAGGCUGAGAAGAACUCUCCUGCCAUCAUCUUCAUCGACGAAAUUGAUUCUAUUGCACCCAAGCGAGAGAAGACCAACGGCGAGGUUGAACGACGUGUCGUCUCCCAGCUGCUUACUCUCAUGGACGGCAUGAAGGCACGCUCCAAUGUCGUUGUUAUGGCCGCCACCAACCGACCCAACUCCAUCGAUCCAGCCCUGCGACGAUUUGGCCGUUUCGACCGAGAAGUCGACAUUGGUAUCCCAGAUCCGACCGGCCGUCUUGAGAUUCUCCAGAUUCACACCAAGAACAUGAAACUGGCAGAAGACGUUGAUCUUGAAUCCAUCGCUGCCGAGACUCACGGCUAUGUUGGCUCCGAUAUUGCAUCUCUCUGCUCCGAGGCUGCCAUGCAGCAGAUUCGUGAAAAGAUGGAUCUCAUUGAUCUUGAUGAAGACACCAUCGAUGCCGAGGUCUUGGAUUCACUGGGUGUUACUAUGGAGAACUUCCGUUUCGCUCUGGGCGUUUCCAACCCGUCCGCCCUCCGCGAAGUUGCGGUUGUGGAGGUUCCCAACGUCCGCUGGGACGAUAUCGGUGGUCUCGAGAAUGUCAAGCGCGAACUCAUCGAAUCCGUUCAAUAUCCUGUCGACCACCCUGAGAAGUUCCUCAAAUUCGGCCUUUCACCAUCCAGAGGUGUCUUGUUCUAUGGACCCCCUGGUACUGGUAAGACUAUGCUUGCCAAGGCUGUGGCCAACGAGUGUGCAGCAAACUUCAUCUCUGUCAAGGGACCUGAGCUUCUGAGCAUGUGGUUCGGUGAAUCUGAGUCCAACAUUCGAGAUAUCUUUGACAAGGCCCGUGCCGCUGCUCCUUGCGUGGUCUUCCUUGACGAACUAGAUUCUAUCGCGAAAUCUCGUGGUGGCUCUGUUGGUGAUGCCGGUGGUGCGUCGGAUCGUGUCGUCAACCAGCUUCUCACAGAAAUGGACGGCAUGACCUCGAAGAAGAAUGUGUUCGUCAUCGGCGCCACCAACCGACCCGAGCAGCUCGACAACGCUCUUUGCCGACCUGGUCGUCUCGACACCCUGGUCUAUGUCCCACUUCCAGAUGAGGCUUCGCGUGAAGGCAUUCUGAAAGCGCAGCUUCGCAAGACUCCGGUUGCUUCAGACGUUGAUCUCAAGUUUAUCGCUAGCAAAACUCACGGCUUCUCCGGCGCCGAUUUGGGCUUUGUCACACAGCGCGCCGUCAAAUUGGCAAUCAAGGAGUCGAUCGCUGCCGACAUCGAGAGGCAGAAAGAGCGAGAAGCAGCUGGUGAAGGUGCCAUGGAUAUGGAUGACGCUGGUGAAGACCCUGUUCCUGAGUUGACACGACGGCAUUUCGAAGAGGCCAUGUCCGCUGCCCGACGAUCAGUCAGCGACGUGGAGAUUCGACGCUACGAAGCCUUUGCUCAGGCGAUGAAGCAGAGUGGUGGCAGCGCGUUCUUCAAGUUCCCCCAGGCUGGCCAGGAUGCCGAAGGUGCCAAUGGCAAUGGUUUCGGUGAUGCUGGCAAUGACGACAGCUUGUACGAUUAA